AACGAGAGAGUGAGUGAUCGAGUGGAAUCUAUUGAGAUUAAAAUCAGUGCGUGGAGUGGUAGGAUAAGGGUGAGCGAAAAGUGAGGUUAUGCUCUAAAAUUAGAGUGAGUAAGAGCAUCACAGUGUUGCGAUCAAAACCAAAGACCAAAAACCACGAUCAAAAGACCAAAAAUCACGACCAAAUUUGAGUUUAGUCCGUAGUAUGACGCUACAGUAACGAGUAUAUUUAGUCGUGCGGACGUAUAAUCAACGUCUGAUAGUGGAACGUUGAUAUAAUACAUGCCCGGUUGGGGCGGCCAUAAAGUUAACGCCGGAUGUUGGGGUUGAUAUAGUAAACGCCAGAUGUGGGGCGGUCAUAUAAUUUACGCCUGUACACGGGACGGUGAUAUAAUACACGCCCGAUGGGGCGUUUAUAUAGUUUCCGCCGGUCCAAGGCGUACAUAUAAUCUUCGCUCACUUAACACACGUAACCAACGCGUGUGGACCGGCAAACAUUAUACCUCCACCUCCACAUAAACCCCUUUACAUGUUACACGUUUACCCUAAUCUUUUCUUCUCGGUCUUCUUCUUUUCUACCUCUUUGUUUCUACCGCCAUCAAAACAACACCUCUAUCUUUCACUCCCAUUCUCAAACGCAGUAACGAGUAGGAAAGGAAGAAAAAAAAGGAAAAUAGCAACGAGAUAGAUUUCAUGAGAGGUAAUAUAGUUUUCUUAAUCUCUUCUAUUUAUCUACAUUCUUGUAUAAUUUAUUUAGGGUUUUAGUUUGUUAAAAUUAGGUUUUAAUUUAUUUAUGGUUUUAGUUUGUUAAAAUUAGGUUUUAGAAAAUUGGGUAUUGACAAAUAAUUAUGAAUAUAAUAUUGUAUGUGAACAGAUUUGAGUACGUAUGUUGUAUGUGGAUUUGGUUAAAUAUGAAAUUUGGUUUUAAGAUGAGCUAAAUUUAUGCGUUUUUUCAUAAAUUUGGAUUAAUAUGUGUUUUUACAUUUCUUGUGGUUAUGUGACAAAUUGUGGUUAUGUGAAUUUUGUGUGUUACAUAUGUAUAAUAGCUAAUUUAUAUGUAUGUAAAUGGGGUUAAAAGUAAUUGAUUUUGUAGUGAUUUUUAUGGAAUGUUGAAGUGAUUAAAUUGAGUUGUUAUGAGGUAUAUUUUUUGGUUUCUAAUAUGUUCUACAUACAUAGGUGACGAUUUAAUUUGUGUUUGUGGAAUUAUAGAAUUUGGAGUUAAUAUAGUUUGUGUUAAGGAUUUAUAGUAUUUGGAAUAUAAAUGGUGAUGGACUUAUAAAAAUAUGGAAUAAUGAGGGUUGGUGUUUUAAAAUUGAGAUUGCAUAUAUCUUGUGUGUGCACAAAUGCUGAACAGACUCACAGCGCGGUUCAAUGGUCGCAUGAAGACGAACAAGAAACAUAAAUCUUUAGCCGAAGAGUAUUACAACAUAAUCUCUACUGGUAAAAUUAAGGAGGUUGAUAUUCUCCGGUUAGGGCGGUUUCCUGUACUGCAAGAUGAUAAGCCGCACGCUACUACAGACAUUACAUUUACAGGAGAGAGCAGAAAUUAACGUAUCAACAUCGUGGAUCUCUGGCAUCGGUAAUUCAUCACUAUCAAACUAUUUCACAAUACUGUCUUAGAGCUAAAUAUAUUAUUUAAAAAGCGGGAUGGCAAAGUUUACUGAACAUACAAUGUAGCGAAACCCAGCAUUCAAUGGUUGAUUAUAUUGUUGAGCGGUUUUGGGAUACAACAAAUACUUUUCACUUCCCAUUUGGUGAGAUGGGAUUUACCCCUAGAUUGGCUCAUGUUGACUGGACUGAGUAUCGGUGAUGGGCCUGACGUUCCGUAUGAUUCUGGGAAGUAUCAAUUUGAAUAUGUUCGUGAACGUAUCUUUCCGGAUAUCCAAGAUGUCACGCUAUGUCCAAAAGCUUCGUCGUGGGUUUCAAAUUCAAUUACAAUUAAAUAUUUAAGCUCAUAUUUCUUAGAAGACAAGUUGGUUGCGGCUGAAAAUGAUAGCACCCUUGCUUAUAGAGUAGCUAUUGCCUUUUUCAUGUAUGUUUUGGGACAUUUUUUCUUUUCUAAUGCAAAGACCUAUAUUGAUGCUGGAUGGUUAGCUGCUUUUGAAAAUCUUGAUGUAGUGUCCACGUAUGACUGGGGUGGUGCCGAUUUUUCAAGAUUGUAUGCGUCACUCCGUUUAAAUGGGAGGAGACAGAAGGCACUAUGCGGUUCAUUCCAAAUAUUAGAGUUUUGGGGGUAUGAAUACCUGGGCAUAUGUCGACCAGACAUCUCAAAGGGGAGUACAGAACAAAAAUGGCCGGUAACUUCUAAAUGGAAUGUACCGAAGAAUACAAAUGAUAUUUUCCGUUGUAGGGAUUUACUGAGUAAGCUUAUUGCUGAAGAAGUGACAUGGCGCCCAUGGGAAUCAUACAGAGAAGUUCUUUCAUCUGAUAUGGGAUGCACGGCUUCGAGGCUAUCAGACUCCAGAUAUAUAUUUUCUUACAUGGGCAUUCAUAACAUGUACCUCGGAGAAAGGUGCUGGAGGCAAAACCAUUAUACUUUUGUUGUUCCCAUAAAACUACACACAGUUAUUGGGGAUAUCGGCAGUAUUCAAGCAGAACGCCUAAAAAUGAAGGUUUGCUCGAUGCUACAGAGAUAAUACAAUCUGUUAAAGAUUAUGAUAUAUAUUUGCAGUACUGGAGAAAGGUAACUAACUACAACGAUUAUGUGACUCAUCCUAAUUGGGAAGCCCAAACAUAUGGGCUUGUCGGUGACUUGUAUACGGACCCAAUUGAACACCCCUGCUGAACAUGUACCUAUCCCUCCUCCACAUCUAUUAUCCCACGUAUGUUAACUUUCGACUUUUUCAAGAACGUUCGACAUUUUAUUAUACAUUUGUACUUAUGUAUUUUAUUUUUUCAUGACAGCACAAAACUUACACAUUAUUUCAAGAACAUGUUGAUUUUAAUUAACAAUUUCACGAUUUUACAUUAAAACAAACGAAGGAGAGGAUGGACGUUAUUAUGGCAAAAGAAGCAGAAAUACAAAGGCUGAAUACUAUGAACAUAGAUUUGCAGCAACAAAUGUCUCUUUUCCGUCCGCCGCACGCUGUCCAACUUUCCCUUGGUUUUGGUUCCUUUUCCCAAACAAUGCCACCGCAAGUUUGGAGUUCUAUGAGUCAAGGAUCAGCUUCAAAAAUGUCCUCAGUCAAUGCCACUCCGAGAAUGCAGAUGCCUUUUAUGCCACCUCGAUCGGCGCCUUCGGAUACUGAUAUAGCAAUUAUGCAAAAUAACAUGGCCGUUAAUUUGGGAGUCCUUGUUACAAAUUCAAAAUGGCCUCAAACUCAUAUCAAAAUACCCAGAAAUCGCGAUGCAGGAGCUGAACUUCUAUGGAACGACUAUUUUUCUCCGUACCCAAACCAACUACCCAAUGUUUUUCGCAGAAGAUUAAGAAUGGGUCGAUAAUUGUUUAACCGAAUAGUGGAAGGUGUUACCAAUGCAGACAAAUAUUUUGUUCAAAAGCCCGAUGCUUGUGGAGUUGUAGGAUUAAACCCUCAUCAAAAAGUAACAGUAGCAGUAAGAAUGUUAGCUUACGGAUGUGCGGCAGAUGCAAUAGACGAGUACUUACGCAUAGGAGAAACCACUGUGUUGGAAGCUACUCGGAGGUUCUGUAAGACGAUUUUCAACGUCUAUGGGAAAGAAUAUUUGCAUGAACCAACUGCUGGUGAUGUUGAACUGUUGCUCAAGCAAAACAAAGACCGGAGAUUUCCAGGGAUGCUAGGUAGUCUAGAUUGCAUGCAUUGGAAAUGGGAUAAAUGUCCGUCGGCAGAGUCAGGGGCUUACACCGCAUUUAAAGGGAGCGAAAGUAUCGUGUUGGAGGCGGUGGUGUCCUAUGAUCUAUGGUUUUGGCAUGCAUUUUUUGGCAUGCCCGUAUCUAACAACGAUAUUAACGUUAUGAACCUUUCAUAUGUUUUUCGAAGUCUUGUAACAGGAAAAGCACCACCAGUGAGCUACGAGGUAAACGAACAUUCAUAUGAUAUGUCGUAUUAUCUAGGUGAUGGCAUAUACCCUGAGAUACCUACUAUUAUUAUGGCCAUUAAACAUCCGGUAGGUAGGAAAAAUGAAAUCUUUUCAUGGAUGCAAAAGGGUGCAAGAAAAGAUGUAGAACGGGGAUUUGGUGUACUCCAACAACAGUUUGGAAUCAUCAAACAACCUGCAAGAAUGUGGAAUCCAGAUGUGCUUGCCUAUAUCAUGAAAACCUGUAUUAUCUUACAUAAUAUGAUAGUCGAGGAUGAGCGUCUACCCGGAGACUGGCCACAUGUUUAUGAAAAACGUAGCAACCCGGCACCGGUUAAUAUAUUAAGAGGCAACAAUGAGGAGUUUUCCCAAAUUAGAUCUGAGCAAAGCCGACGUGCAAUGCGUAACAAAGAAGUGCAUAUUCGCUUGCGUGAUGACUUAAUCGAACAUAUAUGGAAAUUAAAAGUUUGGACACUGAUUGUCAUUGUAUGGGUUGUUUUUUAUGAAAGCUUAUGAUUGUCAUUUUCUUUGUAUUUUAACUUUGGAUAAUAAUAAAAUA